GAGAAUUGAAGAACACCGUUUGGAAAAGUGGUAAGAUCAAUUAAACUACAUUUGACGCUUCCAGACAGCUUCUGAUUGGCCAAGAUCUCUCUACGCUCGUGCAAACAACACAUAACAAGAUUAACUACACUGGCUAAACUUCUUCCCCAACAUAUUCAUGCCCUCAGUGAACACGCUGGACCCGAUUUUGGCUCCAUACGAGGGUAAAGACCUUCUCAUUCCCAAAGAGGCAAAUAUGCUGACGUACCAGCUCAUAGAGAGAUUGAUGGAGCACUCUUGCGACAAGGCCACCUUGAAAUUGCUGGCCAGGUACUUGUCCAAACAAAGCUACGAGGAACUAGUCACGGAAAGAAUCAUCAACCAUUACUGUGGAUAUCCGCUGUGCGAUUUCCGAGAUCCAGGCCGGAUCAAGGAGAUGCAGAUCAACAAGCUUGUAUCGAAACUCAAGUUGCCUCGAUCAUACAACCACAAGUACUGCUGCAAGAAACAUUACCAGUGCUCGGAAUUCUACAAGCAACAGCUUGGCACCGACGCUCUUUUUGCGCGCACGAAGCUCGACCUGCCCCAAUUCCACCCAAAGGCUCCCGAGUCCUCGAUUAUUCUGCUGGACGACAUCUUUGAUCCCGAGGGCAAGGCGAAUCCAGACGAUAUCAUGCUUCUCCUGCGGGAAAUGAGUAUUAGUGACCCGCAUUUAGAAACCGACAACCUGAUCGACCAGUUCAACAACAUUGUGAUCCGUGAAAAGAAUAUUGAAUAA